AUGUCAAAGAGUGGAAAAGAUAGUGAUGGGGAAUAUAAAUUAUCGGAAAAUGAAUCUGACUCGAACUCUGAAGAAUACGAUACUGAUGAUAGUGACGAACCUACCGGUAAAAGUUCCGGAAAACCAAGUCCAGGGAGAAAGGGAAAAGGUAAAAAAGCUGUAGGAGGUGGAAGCGGAGCAAGUACACCAAAAAGUGGACACAGUAAUAAUGCCACGCAUAAAAAAGCUACGUCAGCAACACGAAGAAAAACAAAUAACAGGAGAAAACGUCGACAUGCAUCUGUAAAAGGCUCUUCUCAUGCUGAGACCACUUCACAUAAAAUAAUUCCUAAAAUAUUGGUAAGAAAUCCAACAAAGAAAUUCGUGGUAAUUCCAAAGAAACCAACUUUUCAAGAUGGACUUUUAGUACCUCCAAAAGUGAAGCGUAAGAAAUCACCAAAGUCGCCUGUUGCUGCUAAUAAAAACAAAUCAUCUAAUGAAGAAGAUAAAGAAAAUGAUAAUACAUUCUCUGAGGAUAUUGAUCUGUUAUCUAAAUUACCAUUACCAUCAGCUACAAUACGUCGUCGAUAUAAUCAAAAUAUUAGCUUGAUAGGAUCAAUUAAUAUCCAAGCAUUUGGCAAGAAAAAAGCGUCAAACCAUGUACUGAUGCGUAUUAUCACCGAUAUACUACGACGUUACGAUAUUGUAUUUUGUCAAGAGAUUCGUGCUCCAAAAGAUGAUGAAUCAAUAAUUCAACAAUUGUGCGACGAGGUCUCGACCCCGAAUUCUCCAUACUCGUACGUGACUAGUCAUCCUAUUGGUAGAGGAACAUAUCAAGAACGUUAUGUUUACUUGUACCGACAAAAUGAAUGGAAAGUGAUUGAGGAGUAUGUGAUUGACGAUGAUGAUAAAUUGGGCGAUUUGUUUAUGCGGGAACCCUUUGUUGUUCAUUUUCAACAUUUACGUAAAACUAAUGUAAACCUCACAUUGGUUGGAUGUCACACUCAACCAACUAAAGCAUUUGAAGAAGUUUCAGCAUUAGUAGAACAAGUUUAUGGAAUUGUAAGAAAGAAUGCAAUUGAUUCAUCAAAAAAAUCAUUCUCAUCAAAGAAUAAUAAAAAACCCAAUGCAAAACAACAAACACGCGGUACAAUGAACGACGAUGACCAACCACAUGGAAUAUGGCAAACACUAAAAAGUAUGUUCUGUUGUUGUCUACCAAACUAUUCACCUGUCUCCACAAGAGAAGCAGACUACUCUGAAAAAUCAACCACCACCAAUGAUCCAAUUGUGAUGAUGGGUGAUUUUAAUGCAGCCGGAAGUUACGUGAAUAAAGGAAAACGUGCAGAAUUGGAUGUUCUUCUAAAAAAGAACGGAUUGGUAUGGGGAAUACGUAAUGCCACUGACACUACGGUCGCGGAUGGCGCUGAUACCGCAUACGAUCGAUUUGUAUUCGAGGAGGAAAAUGAGAGAAGGUGUAUUGGAAAUAGCGGUGUUUGGCGAUUUGAUGAUGGUUGGCUUAGUGAAAAACAUGAUAAUGCGUUGGUGAAGAGAGCAGCGAAACGUGUUUCCGAUCAUUAUCCGAUAGAGUUUGAGUUUAAGUUAUAA